CCCCACACUGCUAACUCGCAGUUCUCAAUCAAUUGGGCAGCACAAGACACUGCAUCAAGCACUUCAGAUGAUCAGAAAUCGGGAAUCGCAGAUGCCAAUCUCAAUACAGGCAACAGUACAAUUUCAGAUGAGACUAUUGUCCGUAGAAGCACAUUUGGAGAUUUCAGUGCCUAUGUUGAGGGUGUUGGAGGUGGCAAAGGCAAGGCCGAGAAGCGUUCAAGAACUAUGUCAGGAGUGCCGGAUAUUGGAAAGAAGGCUUCCUCAUCUGUGUCCACAAAUCUCCUUCCAAACAUCCAAUUCCGCAUUUCUGCGCGUUCUUCAAAAUCCAAACCUUCACCAUCUUCUAGGAAAGGCUCCAGUGUCGGUGAUGUUGAAGCUGGACUCCUUAGCUCCAACUCGGUAGGUUAUCUCUCUAAUCCUCUAUUCUUGUAA